AUGAAGUUCACCGCCGCCGCCGCCAUCGCCUCCAUGGCCGCCAUCUCCUCCGCCCUUCCCCAGGCGUCCGUCUUCCCUCGCCCCGAAGCCGGCGACAUCUUCCGCCUGAUGUCCCUGCGCUCUGCCACCCCCAUCCAGUACGGCAAUGUGCAGGCCGCCAACGGCAGCCUCCUCAUCAACACCCCAUCCGAGAACAACAAGACCUGCGCCGUCAACGGCGACCGCGAGAACGUCACCAACGGCAUCAACUACGCCUCCUUCUCGCUCGACGAGGAGACCGGCAGCGUCUACAUCUACACCUUCAACCCCCCUCUCCAGCUCUACGUCGACCGCAGCGGCAUGGGCCAGGGCAACGUCCGCUACUCCACUGGUGUCCAGCCCAUCGGCAAGAACCAGGAGCGCGGCCCCUUCAAGAUCAACGACGACGGUGACCUUGUCUUCGCUGCUGGUGGUCUUUCCGGCGACAUUGGCUUCCAGGCCUGCCCCGGCGCUGUUGGCGGUGGCUGGAAGAUCUGGCUCUCUGGUACCGAGAAGCCUGCUGGCUCUGAGGGAUGCACUCCCUUCACCAUGAAGGCGCUCAAGGAGGAGACUACCUACAAGUGCCUCUACGCUUAG